AUGUCGAUGAAUAAGGAAUACCCUUCCGACGAGAACCUACCAGGUCCGUCUUGGAAACACCAGGAGAUCGAGAAAGCUUCGCGGGAGUCGAACACAGAUACCCCACCAGAAGACGAGAACGCGAAGUUGGUAAAUACACUCCGUCGAAAAGAGAGAGCCCGCGACAUCGUCUACAAGCAGGUGGAGGUCAUCAAUGAAGAGAUAGAUUACCUCAACGCCAACGAAGAACCCGCAAAACUCGCCAGAACCGUCGAUUUCAUUACCCGCUCACUGCAAGCGGCAGAGAGGCAAUGCGAAAACCUGACGACACAAGUUUCCCGAUCCAGAUCGUCGUCCUCAACGUCCGAAAACGCCGCGAACGCGAAUGGCAUUCAGGGGGAGCCUCCGGUGCAAAGCACGCCCAUAGGUGAACCACGAAAGAAUCCCGACCCGGAAGUCAGAUUCAAUCACAGCUUCCUGGACACGAGGAGUUUGGAAAGGCAAGGAGAAGUUGGGGAUUCCGGGGCCAACCAUAGGACCAACAACCGUCCUCCACCACUCCCGCCAGGCAGAAAUCUAUACUUUCCACCCGAGAACCCGGUACGGAAUCCGAUCGGAUUCUCAGGAGUCACCAAUCUCACUAGCAGCGGAGGCCAGGCUCAGAUGCCGCCCGGGUUACCGGCUCGGUCGAUCACAGGAGCCACAGUAGACCAGGACUCCAUCAUGGACUUUUCUCACCUGGAAAAUACAUGGCUACAGCCCAGAACGGCGGAACGCUUCAACACGUCGGACAGGUUCUCCCUUGGUCGGAAGGCCCGUGAAGUUCCCCGAUUCAGCGGAGAUACCCGGGAGUUCCGAAAAUGGCAGCAGCUGCUCAAGGUGUUCGUCGACGAUACACCACGGCCGACGAUGGAAAAGUUCAAUCUCUUGCGGCAUUCCUUAUCGGGGAAAGCUCUAGAUGCCAUUGCUCACCUUCAAUGGGAAGAGAGCCACUAUGCUUUGGCGAAAGAAAUAAUACAUGAGCGAUUCGGCGACAGCAAGCUCGCGCGAAAUUCCCACAUCAGGGAAAUCGACAAACUCCUGGAACGAGGAUUGAUCCAGUAUCAUCGCCUGGAGUCUUUCUCGGAGACUCUGAGCCUGAAUGUGAAAGCUCUCCUGGCGCUCGACAACUCCUACGCAGAACUGUCGACAGCCACAAUGCAACGCAUUUUGAGAUGCCUGCCGACAGACCUGAGAGAGAAAUUCAUCAGAAAACUGGCGAAAAGGAAGUUGUCGGACCCAUUAAUAACAGAUCUCGAAUUCAUGCUAGAAUUCCUCAACCUUACGGUGAAGGUUCGCAGGGAAGCAGAAUUGGAGGGCGGUGGUUUUCCCCAGCGCGAUUCGAGAAGACCCACAUUUCAUCAGGGGAAACCACCAGCAUCGAAGCCACGUCAUUUUCAACAUCAAGCAUAUACGCCACACAGGGCAACGCACAACUUCUUCACGAGUGGCCAGAAGCAAUCCUCGGGAGACAGUAAUCAACACUCUAAAGUUGAUAAAUCGUGCAUCUUUUGCGGGGAUGACCACGAAAGCUUCAGAUGUAAGGCGACACUGACCCUUGAGGAACGCCGAGAAAGAGUGAUUCAACAGAAGGCAUGCUGGAUUUGUUUGAAACGCAACCAUUCCGCGAAGACUUGCCGAGACGGCCCGAAGAGGAAUUGCGCGAAAUGCAACGGACGACACUACGUGAUCAUGUGUAAGAAAGCGCAGCUCGAUACCGCAUCAUUCAUGAUCUCGACGGUUCCCACCACGACUACAACGGUGGCAAUGGCAUUCGAUGGGAAAGGAAAUGUCGCAGAGCCAGAAAUACUCCUACCAUUAGCGGUGGUAUGGAUUGGUACGAAGACUAGGCGGGCGCGAGUCAGGGUGUUGCUGGACUCCGGAGCCCAUCGCUCGUACAUCGUGUCGGAAGCAGCAAACCUAAUAGGCGCAGUGCCUACGGGGGCCAUCAAGACGGCGAUGAAGACUAUGGGGAACGUGGUCACAACCAUGGAUACCUGGCUUCAUAGGAUCACCAUCACGAGCCAACACGAUCCGAGCAUCGCGAUCGACAUCGACUGCAUAGAAGCGCCGUCAAUCACAGACUCCGAGUUCCCGGAGGUGACCGAGAACUUCGGACUGCUUCCCGUAGCGGACAAGAUGAUGGACGAUGUUAGCGACAUCCUCCAUAUGGGGCUGGGUCUUCAGUGGUACUCUGGCAGAGUCCGCACACGCGACGCACACCGCAGCAUUACUCUGCGAGCUGCGAGCAUCACUACCAACGGUGGUAGAUCGGGAAAAACGAGCAAGUUAGCGGCUUCGCUCCAGUCACCCCCCACGCGGAACAGACCCAAGAAUCCAAGGGAUGUGUCAGUCGACGACGAUCUCAAGUUCCUCUGGGAAGGGGAAUUCAUGGGUGUGGACCCGACGUUGCCGCAAGAGACCGACAAGCUCAACGAAGAGCUGAAUGAAUUCUUCGAGAGCACGGUGGAACGGAGACCCGACGGUCGAAUCAGGUUGAGCCUCCCGUUCAAGGAUAAUCUCGACACCCUAGGCGACAAUGAAAACCUGGCAAGGUCGAGACUCCAUGCUUUCCUCAAGAAGUUGAAGAAGUCCCCAACGAAGCUGGCAGCGGUAGACAAGGAGAUCCGUGAUUAUCUAGCCAACGGUUUCGCGGAGGAGGCCACGCCGCGCCAACAGGGCCAGCUGGCCCAUUACCUCCCGCUCCAAGCAGUUUUCAAGAUGAACGAAAAUGAGACGAAGAUAAUCAAGACGAGAGUGGUAAAAGACGCCGGGGCUCGGAGAAGUCACGAAGCGGCUCUCAACGAUUGUCUCCAUCAGGGGGAAAACUUGCUUCCGCUAAUCCCGAAAGUGUUGUGCGCUUUCAGAGAAAGUACCUACGCGAUCACAGCGGAUAUUGAAAAGGCAUUUCUACAAUUCGAAAUCAAUCCCAGUGAUCGCACAUUCCUCCGAUUCUUAUGGCCGCUCGGUAUCGCUGAGCGGCCUGACGCACCGAUUCGAGAAUUUUGGACGAGGGUGCUAGAUUUCGGACUGAUAUGCUCACCAUGGUUACACAUCAAAGGUGUGAAGCAUCAUCUGACAGAGUGCAUACGUCAGUUCCCGGCUGACGAGAGGUUCAUUAGAGAAAUCGCAGACAACUUAUACAUGGACGACGUCUGUUUUUCGGCAGAUUCCCAUACAGACGCGGAGUAUAAGAUCGCGAGAGCAUUCGAGAUGUUCCAGCUGGCGCAUUUUCCUCUCAGGAAAUGGGGCACGAGCGAUGAACGAAUCGCAGAAGCAAUCCGUCGGCUCUCCCCGCUGGAAAACACAUCGAUAACCGUGGGGGAUGACGACGCGAAGUUCCUCGGAGUUAGAUGGUACCAAUCAACGGACCACCUUGGAGUUUUCACACAGAAAGCGUUAACGGAGCUUUCUAGGGACAGCCCAUCGAAACGGAAACUACUCAAAGGACUCGCACAGAUAUACGAUCCCCUCGGAAUCAUCGCUCCAGUCUCAGUCAAAGCGAAGAUUCUCUUCCAAUCGCUCUGGAAAGAGGCGAUCGACUGGGACGACAAACUUCCAGAGAAGAUCAUACUUCAAUAUGACGAUUUCGUCCACACCCUGCAACGGUGUUCGGACUUCAGAGUACAGAGACCAUUGACUUCGCGGUUCUCGGCCGCGAGAUUUGAGCUACAUGCAUUCUGUGACGCGUCCCUCGAAGCCUACGGAGCCGCGCUCUACCUCCGCUCGGUGGACACGGACUACGCAGAAUCACGCUUGAUAAUAGCUAAGGCACGCGUCGCGCCAACCAAGCAGAAGUGGUCGAUUCACCGUUACGAGUUGAUGGGAGCACUGAUGGCCGCGCGAAUGGCAGCGAACAUCAGAGGUUACCUAAAGAUCAAUAUCUCGAGUGAAUUCUUUUGGAUCGACAAUAUGGCUUGCGUUUCCUGGAUACACAGCGCACCAGAAAAGUGGCAACCAUUUGUAGCCAACAGGGUUCGAGAGAUAGCCAGGCUCACAGCGACAGACGCAUGGCGCUAUGUCAGGUCGGAAGAGAACCCCGCAGACAUACUGUCUAGAGGAACCGACAUCUCAGAUUCGGAGAGCCGUUCUCGAUGGCUCCAUGGCCCGUCGUGGCUGUGUGACUCACGGUGGAAAGCACCGACGGACAACCAGCCGGUGACGGAGACCGAGAUCGAGAAGGAGCCAUCGAUUCAACAGUGCCUACAUACGAUUCAGCCCAGAGCGAACAACGCGGUCGACAACUUAUUCGAUUCAACCCGGUUUUCGUCAUGGAGCAAAUUCGUGAGAACACAGGCUUACUGCAACCGGAUCCUAGCGUUCGCUCGAAGAAUUAAGUCGAAAAGUCCUCCGAGCGGUAACCGAAGACCGACGACGAAAAUCGAACGCGGUGACGCGCUCCAGAUAGAUUCGAUCGAAUAUCAACGAGCCGAAAAGGAUCUCCUAAAGAGAAUUCAGGGAAGAUACUUUCGAGCCGAAAUCGACGAUCCACGCAAUAUCCCGACCUCCAGCAGGAUUGCACAGUACCAUCCCUUCGUGGGGGAAGAUGGUCUGCUGAGAGCACGAUCGAGAUUAGAAAAAUCCUCAACUCACACGUACGACGAAAAAUUCCCGAUUAUUGUCCCAAGCAACGAUGGAUGGGCAAAAUUAGUAGCGCUCACUGUUCACGGCAGAGAGUGUUGGCACUGGGGAGGCAUAGCUUUCACGCUACAGAAAUUGAGAGAAAGAUUUUCCCUGCUGAAAGCCAGAAAGAUAGUCCAUGAAGUUCUCCGAACGUGCCCGGGAUGCAAGCGCUUCAACGCGAAACCGGCGAUAGAACCCACCCCAGCGUUACCGGCGUUCAGGGUAGAAAGGACGCCGCCGUUCUUCUUCUGUGGUGUCGAUUUCGCGGGACCCAUCUUCUACCGAAAGGAGAAUGGGAAGUCGGCAAAGUCAUAUAUGCUGCUGUUCACAUGCGCAGUAUCACGAGCAGUUCAUAUUCAAUUGACGAUGGACCUGUCAACAUACGAAGUACUGCGAGCCCUACAGAAGUUUCUGCACCGAUUUCCGUCCGCACAGAACUUCAUCUCAGACAAUGGCGCAUCAUUCCGACGAGCCGACCUCGAGAUUAAGCUCAUAUACUCCCAUAUCGUAAAGGGAGAAAUCUCGAAGUGGCUAUCCGACUCCAAGCUGACAUGGAGAUUCAUCACACCAGCAGCUCCGUGGGUCGGAGGAUUCUGGGAACGAAUGGUCGGAUGCGCGAAGCGAUGUCUGCAGAGGACGCUCGGCUCGAAUAUACCAUACUUCAGAGACUUGGAGGUUAUAUUGUCCGGAGUCGAAGCGAUAAUCAACCAGAGACCGUUAACGGCGGUCUCCACAGAUCCGAAUGAGGUUAGAGCGCUGACACCAGCGAAUCUUCUCUACGGGUACGAGGGUACUUCGCAGCUGCCGGAGUCGGAGGAAAUCCCGAAACUUCGAAAGGACAUCGGAGCUGUGGUUUUUUCGAAACGAUGGAAUUUCCAGCAAAAAAUGCUAUCGGCGUUCUGGAAGCGGUUCCACUCGGAGUAUCUCGCCUACCUCAGAUCUGCAAACUCACGGCGGCCGGUCAAGGAGCGAUCACUCAAAGUGGGAGAAGUCUGCCUUUUGAAGGAAGAAAACGCUCCGAGAUCUCAAUGGCCGCUGGUGCGGGUGACGGAGCUCCACCCCAGUACAACAGACAACAGAAACCGAACAUGCACGAUUAGAUUUGGCAAUGGAAAGACGCUCCUCCGGCCGACGAAAUUAUUAUAUCCCUUGGAGCCGGAAUCCACGGACCCCCUAUUAUAA